AUGUGCACUGUGCAGAAGCAAGCAUCAAGCUCAGAUUUAGUAGGAGUAAUUCGUCCCACAAGGAAGCCACGUAGGAAAGAAUCCCUUUCUGCGUGUCUCAAAAAACCGAAAAAGCCGAAGGACUUGUCCGAAGAAAGUUUCCAAGAAAUAAUGAACACUUUUCAUAUCAUUGACACGAACGAAGACGGGCGGAUCUCAAAGAAAGAGUUGAGGGACGCAGCUUUUCUGAUUGGUCUGAAUCCAACAAAGAGAGAGUUAGAGGCAUGGUGGACAGAGGCGGAUAGCAAUCAGGACGGAUUUAUAAGCACAGAAGAGUAUUUGAACGUCAUGAAAACUAACUAUGUAUCGAUUGACAUAGAAAGAGAAAGAAUGAUAGCUGCAUUUAAAGUGUUUGACACCAAUGGUGACGAGAAAAUAUCUCUUGAGGAAAUGGCAUUUGUUCUGAAACACAACGACUCUUUUUCUGCUACUGACAUCGAAUCUUUGUUCAAAGAGAUCGACACCACCAAUCAAGGGUUCAUAAACUUUACAGAUAAUGCCAGACGUAGGACUAGAUAUAAAGUGGAAGGUUUGAACACUGUAUCGGUAUGGAUUAAGGACUAA